AUGGGGGACAUAGAGACAUUUUCCUUUCAAGCGGAGAUCAACCAGUUGUUGAGUCUUAUCAUCAAUUCCUUUUACAUAAAAAGGAGAUUUUUUCUCCAUGAGCUCAUCAGUAACUCAUCCGAUGCUCUGGACAAGAUUCGCUUUGAGAGCUUGGCUUAUAACAGUAAGCUAGAUGGCCAGCCUGAGCUUUUCGUCCAUAUUAUCCCUGACAAAGCUUCAAACACCUUGACCAUCAUUGAUAGCGGAGUUGGAAUGACCAAGGAUGAUUUGGUGAACAAUUUGGGUACCAUCGCAAGAUCCGGAACCAAAUUGUAA